AUGAAAGAAGAAGUUUGCUCGGCCAUCAAGUUCCUCUCGGAGGUUCUUUCAAGGAACUCAAAAGUAAACCGAGAACAGAUUCAAAAAUUUAAGGACACAUUAGAACAAUUAAUCACCGCGAGAUUCGAGAACCACUGGCAUCCGAAGAAGCCGUUGAAGGGAAAUGCAUUUAGAUGCAUCAACAUCGAUGAGCUAACAGGCAUCGACCCAGUGUUACUGACAGCGACGAAGGCGAGUGGAAUAUCACCUUUAGUUCUGUUAGAGCUCUUCCCAGGCGGACUAGCAUUGUGGAUUGACCCAGGAGAUGUGUCUUGUAGAAUAGGAAAAGGUUCGAUUUGUCCGAUUUAUUGUAAAAUCCCUCAACAACAACACCAUCAGCCGCACCAGCAAUUUACUAAUCACUCUCAAAGGCAUCUUCAACCCUUUUACUUCAACACGGAUUAUCGUCAAUGCUCGCAGUUCAACAAUAAGCAGAUACUUUCCACAAGAAGCGUUAAUAACAAGGAAAACUUCGAUAGGUAUCAUUGGAUCAGCAAGGACUAUUUUAAAAGACCCACGGAGGUAUUUUAA